UUUGACAUUGGCAUUUAGAAUAUUGGUUAUGUUAAAUGUUGUGAAAAAGUGAAAUUUUUUUAGUUUUUCCAGGAACAUGAGUAUCUAUAAACAAUUCCAUAGUUUUCAGUUAUAGCAGCAAUCUUAAUUUGUAAUAGUUAAAAUAUACAACCAUGCAGAACAACAACAGAGACCGUGAGAGCAAUCAUUCUAGCUCUAGUAGUCACCCCCAUUCUACGGUGAUGAAUAUGCGUGAUAAAGAAAGAUAUAUCGAGGAUUUUAACUUUCCCUAUUGUGAUUUGACGGGGAAAUACGAAAAAGUUGCCAAAAUAGGUCAGGGAACUUUUGGGGAAGUAUUUAAAGCACGGGACAAGAGCAAUCCUAAAAAGUUUGUAGCUAUGAAAAAAGUUCUUAUGGACAAUGAAAAGGAAGGGUUUCCAAUUACUGCCCUUCGUGAAAUAAGGAUACUUCAACUUCUGAAACAUGAAAACGUAGUGAAUCUUAUAGAAAUAUGUAGGACUCAAGCCUCACAACACAACAGAUACCGGUCGACUUUUUAUUUAGUUUUUGACUUUUGUGAACACGAUUUGGCGGGUUUGCUAUCGAACUCUAAUGUUAAGUUUAGUUUGGGUGAAAUUAAAAAAGUAGUGCAACAACUUCUGAACGGACUGUAUUAUAUUCAUAGCAACAAAAUACUUCAUAGGGAUAUGAAAGCAGCUAAUGUGCUGAUAACGAAGAAUGGAGUAUUGAAAUUAGCUGAUUUUGGAUUGGCGAGAGCAUUUAGUAGUACGAAAAACGGACUACCCAAUAGGUUCACAAAUCGAGUGGUAACGCUCUGGUACCGACCACCAGAGUUAUUACUGGGCGAGAGAAAUUAUGGCCCACCAGUAGAUCUCUGGGGGGCAGGUUGUAUAAUGGCUGAGAUGUGGACGAGGUCUCCCAUUAUGCAGGGCAAUAGCGAGCAACAGCAACUUACGCUAAUAUCACAACUCUGCGGAUCGAUAACUCCUCAAGUGUGGCCUGGCGUUGAACACUUAGAACUUUUUAAGAAGAUGGAACUGCCCCAUAAACAAAAAAGGAAGGUCAAAGAACGCCUAACACCUUACCUCAAGGACCCCUACGCCUGCGACCUUUUAGACAAACUACUAGUCCUGGAUCCAUCGAAGAGAGCCGAUUCCGACACGGCGCUGAACCACGAUUUCUUCUGGACCGACCCGAUGCCCUGCGAUCUCGGAAAGAUGUUGGCCAAUCACACGCAGAGCAUGUUCGAGUUUCUGGCACCUCCCAGAAGAGCUACGCAGAUGCGCCAUCACUCGAUGCCUAGACCGGCGCCUUCAACCGUACAAGACAGCGGGUACCAAGAUAGAGUGUUUUAAGGAGCAUAGAAAAGAUAUACGGAGUUUUUUUAUUCAAAAUGUUUGAUGACGAGUCUUGAAGACACGCUGUUGAAAAGUAUAUGCCAUGAAGGAGAAAUGUUUAUGUCAAGGCGUUGGUUUCCUAUGGUAAUGGAUGUCGAAAUGAUCAUCCUUUACCAAUUUUUGUUUAUUAAUUUCUUUUUCGUAUAAUGAUUUAUUUAUUUUUGGACAAUCCCCUUACUAACCUUCCUAAUACCAAGUGAAUUUUAAAACGCCUAGUACCAAUUGGACCGAAUUAUUGCUCCAGUGUUUUUUUUGUAUAUUUAAACAAAAUUAUUAUUGCAAUGAUAUAAAAGCGGUAAUAUUUCCAGAUGUUAUAAUUUUAAAGAUAGUUUUAUCAAAAACUAUUCUUCUUCUUCUACGGCACUACAGCCCAAAUUGAGCCUUGGCCUCCUUUAUUUUUUGCUUCCACCCUUGUUUGUCUGUAACUGCUCUUCUCCAUACACGGAUUCCUAAAAGAGCUUUGCGUCACUACUUACUGUGUCUUCCCAGCGCUUUCUUGGCUUUCCAACCGGUCUCUUUCCCUGCAUUUUAGCGUUCAGUGCCCUUUUUGGUAGCCUAUCCUUUCCCAUUCUUAUCACUUGUCCGGCCCGUUGCACUCUUUGUGUUCUAAUGAAGUCUGACAAGGGUGUUUCCUUAUAAAGUUGAUAAAGCUAGUUGUUGUAUCGAAUUCUGAAGAUUCCGUUUUCCCUCAGUACUUUCCUUUCGAAUGUGUAGAGUUUAUUUUUGGAUGUUUCUUUCAAGACCCAUGCUUUACUGCUAUAGCAUGCUAUUGGUCGAAUUCGACCAAUAACUAUUAGUCGAAACAAUUUAAACAACCAGAAAUAUAAUUUUAUUUAAAAAUGUUUAAAUUAACAAGUCAACAUUUCGUCGGUGACCUGGCAAUAUCUCCUAUGUGACUUCACCUAAACUUUUCAGGAGAGACAAAAAACUUUAUAAGUAUAACAUUUUAAUAUCUUUCAAUUGUUUGUUUGUGUUUUAUGAUCUGUGUUAAAGCGAGGUGUUUACUUAUUAUGAAAAAGUUAAUAUUUAAUUGAGUUUAGUUUUGUUAGGCUAGAUAGGAGUUAUUGCUUUAAGUAGUGUUACUCAUAGGACAUAUUGAUUUUCAUUUAAUGUGAACUUAGGAGUUGUUGUUUAUUAAAAUUAAGCAUAGCUGCCCUUUCAUUCAAAUAAAAUUCAAAAAUUCUUUGAAAUUAAACAUUAAUUAUAUGAAACAUUUUAUUCAUGCUAAUAUAAAAUAGUAAAACACAAUAUUAAAACUUCGAAAAACAACAAAUAAAAAUUAUUUCAUAAGUAUGUCAAAUCGAACAAAAUAAAAAGAUUUAUCCGUGUAAAAGGCCAUCAUGAAAUAAAUGCGUAUCUUUCGGUAAUGUCGAUUUUAGAUCUUGUAAAUGUUGCCAUUUCUCCGUUUUUAUUUUAGGAGGCGAUAGAAAUAAAGGUGGAUAGUCCAAAAUUGUUGGUAUAGUCUUUGGUCUGAUAGGGAUUUGUAGGUAUUCUCCUUUAUGAUCAGUUUUUAUUUCUAUGGUCCCAGCUGGAUUGUAUUUGAUACAUUUUAUAUCAUUAAUGGUUGGGUCAUAAGCUUUUCUUCCAGGUCGGAUUGAGGAAUAUCGCAUGUGGUUGGAGGAUGAAUAGUCUUUAAAAAACGUAUGUUCUAAUCUUUUUACUCUAUAUGGCUUAGUUCCUUUCCUUGCUUGAAGUGUAAUAGUAGCGUAGUCACUGGGCAGAUGGAUUUCCUUAUUUUUAAGACUUCUUUCUAUCGUACUAUGUACCGAGUCACAUUCCAUUUGAGAAUGGCCCGGUUCAAGAUAUUUUUGGACACUAACACAUUAUGCUUGAUGGUAAAGUUUAGUAAAGCGUUGGGCAGGACAUUAUUGCGAUUUUGAUAACCGCAUCCAUCAGAAUAAAUAACGACUGGCGUUUUGGAAUCGGUAACACAGUUUUCCUCUAAAUAAUCUAUGAUACAAGAAACAAAUGUGGAUGCUUUGAGCUGGUUAUUCUCGUUUUCUGAAAACCAAUAGCACAUAACAUCCCGAGUUUUUAGGUUAUAAACUGUGAAGUUAUGGCAGGACAAUUUCGUUUUAAAGUACAUUUUGUUCGCUGGUACAUAUGGGCACAACUUUACGGCUUGUAGAUCCAUUGUUAGUGCUAUUAUUUCAUCUCUUUCACUUGUGGCUUUAUCCAAAGUUUUAGCUUCUCUGUCGUCUUCUUUUCUUUUUAUAUGAGCUCCGUAUUCUUCUUCAGUCGUAUUCUUGUAUUUAAAUGCAAAACAAAUAUUGCAUUGGUCUCUUUUGGUGUAUAUAAAGCAAAAUUAUUCUCCUUAAAUCGUUGUGAGAAUACGUUUCGACCUAAAGGAGUUAUAUUCUUUUCUUGACAAAAACUAUUCACAUAAACACCAUACAAAUCUGACAUACUGGUAAAAGAAUAUUCUAAAUAUAAUUUUUGUGUUUCGUUACGGCAAUAGUGUGAGGGAAGUUUAGGUAAACUCUCAAAAAAUUGUUCCAAGUAUUUAUGACUUUCUGUAUACCUAUUCUGUACCAUUUUCUUGGUAGAAACACAUGAUGAUUCGUCAGUCAUACCGCAAGAACUGUUGUCCACCCAAUAGUGAAUAGUUUUAUAACCUAUAUCUAAUGUGUUUGUGAACAUGGUACGAUAUACUUGUAAGUUUUCAUUUCCGUCAUGUAAAUAGAAGUGUACGUACCUUGUCUUCUUGAAUUUUCUUUGGUUGAUUUAAAUGUUGGAGUUUUAAAUACAUGAGAUGCUACAAAGACCUUACGCUGAUCCCAAGUCAUACCCCAAAAUUUCUUAAAGAUAUGACUUCUGCACUGUUCCGUAAAUUCUUUGCAAUAUCUUAGUUUGGAGUUUAGACAUUUUUUUGAAGUACACGCCUCUUUUAAAGAUUUUGCUUUUCUUGGCAUGUUUUGCUUAAUCUUCCCGGAUUUUUUACUAAACCCCAUGUAUACUUCACCUUUCAUUCGGAGUUUUUUGUUUUUAUAUCUCUUCCAUUCAUUUUUAUUUUGACCCAGCUUCCUUUUGCUCUUCAUGAUAACUUCAACAUCACUGUUUGUGUUCACCAGAUUUCUUUCAAUAUUAUUGUUCAUACCAGUAUUAGAACUUUCUUGAACAUCACUGGUAUUUGUAGCUUCAUAAGUUUCGUCUUCGUCACUAGAACAUUCAUAUGGCACAAGAGAUACCACCCUUUCAUUUUGUUCAAUUGGCAACAGUACUUGUUUAUUUGUUGAAUUAUUUAACGCGAGGUUUACAGAGUUAUUGUCAGCAGAACUGUUGUUAUCUAAAAAAUGCAUUUCGUUAGAUAAACUAUCACUUGGCAUAAUACAAAUAUCAUUAUCCGCCAAAGAGUCUAUUUCGUUAAAGUCACUUAUUUCGUUGAUAUAUUUAUUUCGUUGAUAAACAACUCGCAGUCUAACAGCGUACAGCACCCUAUGAUUACACUAUACAAACUGACAAGAUAGGACAUGUUGCAUGUAGUUUACCGCGUGAAUUUAGGUAAGAGAAAUUGCAAGUGGCGUUUUUAUAUAUUUAGAAAUUUUUCUCGUUCAUAGGACUUCUACAGUCAAAUCGUUGAAAUAAGAAUAUUCCGAAUCAUCAAUAACCCAUUUUCAUAAAAAAUGCAGAUAGGAGAAAUUGCCAGGUCACCGACGAUUUACAUUUAUCACAUAUUUUAACUUUCUUGCUAUGUGAUCGACACACAAUAUUGUAAUUAACUAGUUUUGAUAGGAAAUAAUUAAAUGCCACAAUAAAAUAGCUUCAGAACAACACAAUAUUGUAGCGGUUGUUACUGUAAUAACUUAUAAUUACAAAGAAACUAGCGGUUCGUAUUUAUAUACGAUUUUAUUUAUAUAACCGUCCAGACGAAUUUAUUUUACAGACUAUUUUACUCUUAAAAAUUGACAUCCUUAUAUUGAAUACAAAAAUAAUAACCAUGUUCUUGAACGUUCCAGAAAAACGGAACCGCCCAUCACUAGUUAAUCCGUGGCCUUGACUGUCGAUCAUUCACGAAAAAUCGUUUCCUCACUUGUACGGUGAGUCAUUGUUCCAGAUUCCAGAUGUCUCCAUACGCGAGUGGCUGUCGAGACGGAACCUGUUAUUUGCGGUCGGUAAUUCGUCACAAUAUUAAUACAUUUGCUAAUUUUUCUUCCGUGGGGAAAUAUAGCACCUUUUCUUUCUGGUUGUGUGGUGAAUUUAGUUCUUCCACAGGUUUUUGUAUGGUGUAAUGUAAUGUGUAAUCUUCAGAAAUAAAUAAUUUAAACAACUUCGUCAUACUUAUAGAUGUUGGUUGACUCUGGUGAACAUCGACGGCAGUUCUGUAAUAGAAAAACUGGUAUUAGGAAGGUUAAUUUUUUUAAUUUGCAUUUUCUUAUAUUAAGAAUAAAAUGAAAUACAGCAGUGUGUUAAAUACACAAACAACAUUACAUUUCAAAUUAAAAUAAUUUCUAUAAUAUAUCACAUUAGUGUGACGUCAUAUUGACAAAUUUGCUAUGAAGUUAGCUUUAACGUUUGGUUCUAAACAAUGGGAAUAUGCUAUGCUAUUUUCAAAGCAUUUUAUUUCAAUUUAUAUAGAAUCAUUUCAGUUUAGUCAUUAGUUUACUAUUUUCAAAACAAUAUACAGGGUGUUCCCGAAAAUAGUGCGUUGCUUUAAGGUAUGUAUAUAAUACACAAUGUAGAACAAAAAAGUCCUAUAACAUUUUUUCUAAAGUUUACCGUUUCCAAACAAAAUUACAUUUUUCGCCAUAUAAGCGAACUUUUUUCAUAAAAUUAACUAAUUUGGCAUCACUGUACAAGAACUGUUUGUGAUUUAGUUUAUUGACACCACAAAUUGUAGGCCAGACAGGUACACUUGCAAAAUAAUUGUACCACCAUGUUUGAAAAUCCAACAAAACAAGGAUUUGUUUGUUUGUUUAGGAUGAAGACAGGGUUUAAUGUAAAUACUAAAGGCCCAUGGGGCAACUAUUUUUGAAUUGUGAUUGUCUAUAUUUAGAUUUUUGCAUACAUAGUUGUCAGAUCUCAAUUUGCAUACCAAAAUGUAUUUUGGUUUUUUAGCCAAACGGUUGCAUUUAGAAAAAGUGUUAUGACAUUUUUGCUCUACAUGGUGUCUUCUACCUAUACCUUUAAGGAACGCACUAUUUUCGUGGGCACCCUGUAUUCUUUUGCUUUUAAAAUGUUUCAAUUUUCUUUCGUAAAUUAUUCACCUAAAUUGCUCACAUAAGCAUUGAAGUUAACCGUGACAUUUGAAGUUUGACAUCUUUCACAAUAGAGCUUUUCAACCAUUUUUCAACACUUCUCAUUUGUUUCGGGAACUUGUCAUAUAAAUAUGUUGUAUAAUCUGUGUAUAAUAUUAAUAUACGACAUAUGACAAAUGCCCGAAACAAAACAGAAGCGUUGAAAAGCCCUAUUGAUUCUACUAGACCACUUCAUGAAAAAUACAUUUUUUAAUAUUUUGUGGAGAGUAUCCUGUCUAAACGAAUAUUUUUUUUUAGAAAAAUAGAUAGAUUUUUGUACAUAUUUUUUAAAUGAGUAAUUUAAAUAACCAUUAAUGUAUCACAAGACGCUUCAGUAGCUGUACUGAUGAAGUUGAUGUGAUAUUUGUUAUAAAAUUAAUUCAGUUCUAAUUAAAGUUUAGUUUAUA